AGAUCAACAUGUCCUGUCGCCUCAGCCUGUGCAGUUCACUCCUGUCCGUCCCAGGCCACCCUUCUCCAGGUUGCUUCUCCACCCGCUGACGGAACAUCACCUUGGUUACGGUCGUGGCGCUGACGAGCCUGAAUUCCAAAUCUGGCCCGAUGUCGACCGGGACGCCAAAGAUGAACAAUGGCACUGACCGCUCGCUGGACGGGAGUGUUGACCAGUUGGGGAGUGCCGAGGCUCAGGAUAUCCCUCCACUGAAGAACUACCUCUGUUUCACCAUCUUCACCUGCUUCUGCCCAGCGUGGCCCAUCAACAUUGUGGCUUUGGUCUUCUCUGUUCUGUCCCAGAACAGCUACGAUGCGGAGGACUACGAUGGCUCCCGGCGGCUGGGGCGGAAAGCCCUCCACGUGGGCAUCGCCUCCAUCAUCAUCGGCCUCCUGAUCAUCACCAUCUUCUCCUCUGUACACUUUACCACGAACACCUAAUGAUGGCGCCUGACCCCUGAGUAACGAGAAGAGCAACAUUCAAAUGGAGGUUUUUUUGUUCCUGCGCACUUUUACAAUCUAAUCAAACAUUCUUCACAACCCCAUCAGAUGACCACGUCUAAGCCUUCUUUGGUUUUGUUUCUUUUGUUAUUUGUUUUCAUUUAAAAUGAUUUCAUUUGUGUGUUUCUGUCAUGGAUUUAGACAGACAGAUUUGAGCUGAGAUAAACUGUCAUCUUUAUUAGCUGAUGUUGAAGCGCACUUAAUAUGCAAUGAUACUUUUGAGGAUACAUGUUUGACUUUUUCUACAUUAUUGAUGAACAUUGUUUGUACAUAAUGAAAAUACUGAGGUAUUGUCCUAGUGCUAUAUUUGAAAAUGCAGGCUUUAUUGCUGUGAUAGUCAGAUAUCAGCUACACCUCAAAAGACCAGGUUCAGCUGUCUGCCCUAAACAGUAAGUGAUAUGCAGCAUGUGUCACUAUGUCAUGCAAUACAUGUGGACUAAACUAUUUCCAGAGUGGUUGAUAUACUUCCUGUUUACUUGUAAACAAACAAACACAUGAGGGCAGAUCCAGGCUACUUUAAACUGUAUGUUACUCCCUUCCUUGGGAGGCCCUGCGGGGUUAGAUGAUUGGCGGUGACUUCUGUGCAGAUUACCCCCUUCUCCGUUCCCACUCUCACACCCGUUGCAUUCUGUUGAGUCUGAAGGAUCCUGUAUUCUGAUAUGUCAUCUUAGCACCAUUAAAGUCUAAAAAUAGACAUCCUCUGGUCUGACACUAAGCUGCACCAGUUUAAACUUUCUGGUUAGAUGGAUGGUUAAAUCAGUCUUAAUAUAGCCAAGAUAUUAUUAUGAUUAUGAUGACAAUGCUAAUUAGAUAAAUGAGAUAGUGCGAAUAAAUGCAAAUGAGAAUAAUGAGAUAGUAGAUAGUCUAGAGAUAGUGUAUUAAUUCAUGCAUUUAUUCGCAGAUGAACCAUGUGCACUCAUUGUACAGACAACUUAACGUUGCUUACCAAUUGUAUUUUCGUUUUCUCUCCCACACUUUUUCGUGUAGUUGUGUUGUUGAUCUUAGUUUGAACACUUUUGGGGGCUUGGAUGGACCAAGAUCCGACUUUGUUCCCGGAGCACGUGGCCCAUUUGUGAGACAAUGAAACUGGAUAACCGUGAGAAUGAGAAAUCAACGAGUUUCUGUUCCAUCAGAAAACUGCGAAAAUAAAAUGUUAAUGUGGUCUAAUGCUGAUGUUAGAGGAGGAAUUUCCAGCCAAGCUGAAAUACUUUUCGUUUAUUUUAUAAAAUGUAUUAAACAGGCAUAUUUGCGCUUGUAUUAUUUUGUUCAAAUAGGCUGUGUCUGGGCAACAUGACAGCGUAGGCUACGCAUUCAAUGUAUAUUGCAUGAUAUU